AAUAUAUCUUGGAGAUAUCUGCCCUUUAUAUUCGCCGAGAACUGCUAUUGUGAUAGCAUCGUCCCUCCCAUUAACAAGCCACGCCACAACAACCACUCAACGGAUAACACGAAAGACAUUUCGUACCCAAAAUGCCCAGCGUCUUGUUCGUCUGCGUCCACAACGCUGGUCGCUCCCAAAUGGCUGCCGCCUACCUGAGUCAUCUUGCUGGUGAUACUAUUGAAGUCCGCUCCGCCGGAUCUGCCCCAGUCGACUCUAUCAAUCCCAUCGUUGUCGAAGCCAUGCUCGAAGAGGGUAUCGACCUCCGCACCCAAAAACCUAAGAGUCUAACCCCCGACGCGGUUCAAGCUAGUGAUGUUGUCAUCACCAUGGGUUGUGGGGAUGUCUGCCCCUUCUUUCCUGGCAAACGUUAUCUCGACUGGCAACUUGAUGACCCCGCCGGGCAAGGCUUAGAUGUUGUACGGACUAUCCGUCGAGCAAUUCGUCGUCGCGUCGAGAGUCUCAUCACAGAACUUCAGUCCCAUAGUUCAAUCUCUUAAGGGUGCUUGUACAGGUCCCGAGCCCGCCAGUGGCAUGGCUGUUUCUGCCUCAUGUUCUCUGAGCUGGGGCUGUUGCAGCUUAGAUUCUCUGGCUAGCUGAAGCUAUUGAUCUGUGCGAUGACCUCGCUAGGCGCAAAGGCACGAGCAGUAUAUCUAACCGAGUCAACUGACUCGCGUGCCAGAAGUCCUGAGAUUUUGGUGUACAUCAUGUGAAUAUCUAAAGAUUUAUUUUAUGAAAAGUAUAAUUAGGCAUAAGGAAGCCGG